AUGCUUUCAAUUGAAAGUAUCGAUCACGCUGAUUCUGUAUUCAAUUCUACAAUUACAGUUCAGUGCCUCGGGGGGUGUAAGACCACUUUUCAUCUGAUAUAUUUAAUGGACAAUUGUGUUGCGCCUGAGAGCUUGCAUCCUCAAACCAAACAGCGUAUCACUGAUGUCUUCAAUGGUCCGUUGAUGGAGUCCCGCAGUGGCUUUGCCAACGCAAAUAAAUGCGUGCAACAGUUGUUUUCGGAAUCUCAAUUCGAAAUCCACGAGAACGAGCUUGUGUGUCGCUGGCGCGCUGGCCAAGCCUCACAGUUUUCAGAGGAAUGGCUUGUUUCGCAUUCCUACUUACCCAAACUGUAUUCCGACCACCACUUUUUGCCUAAAUGGUCGACCUGGGACUCUGAAAAGUUCAAGCAUGUGGUGAAUGAGGGCCCUAUUUACAACUAUCCUCAAUUGCCCGCGAUCUUGCCUGACCUCAUGAAGGAUAUCUACACUUAUGGAUUUGGCUUUAUCGAAAAGGUCCCUGCAACACUGGAGGCAACCAAAGAGGUAUCUGAAUUGAUCUCUAUCGUCAGACCAACCCACUACGACCUAGGGGUUUGGGACUUCACAUCAGACCUAGCAAAAAAUGACACAGCGUACACUACUCUGGGCAUCGAUAUGCACACAGACGGUAAUUAUUGGAAUGAGCCACCUGGACUUCAGCUCUUUCAUCUUCUGGAGCACUCUUCCGGCAGUGGUGGUGAAACUCGGAUAGUGGACGUGGCCAAGGUAGUGGAAAUUAUCUCAGAUCUUUCAAACGAGGAUGAGUCAUGGAAGACAACGCUGCAAGUUCUCACCAAACAACCGAUUGCCUUUCACCAAGCUGGAGAGAAAGAGUCAUGUUUCACCCAAUCCCAGUUCCCCAUUCUCACGAUGUCGAGAUCCGGUCAACUACAGCAGUGUAGAUGGAACAAUAGCGAUCGGUCGCCUCAAUUCCCUCAACCACUUUUGUUCUCAGUGGGUGCCAUCUAUGAAGCUCUAUUUCGUUUCAACACACUUAUCAACGAUCCCACUAACUACGUCCAGUUUCAAUUAAGUCCGGGGAAGAUCUUGGUGUUCGACAACUGGCGAGUUUUACACGCUAGGAAUUCGUUCACGGGAUAUCGCCGUUUAUGUGGCUCGUAUCUAACCCGCGAUGAUUUUUUGGCAAGGUUGAGGGGAUUUACAACAGAUAGAGAAGUCUUAUUAAAUGCUCUUUAG